AAAGGUAAGAAUGGAGUUGGCAUCUUGGUAGAUAGGAAACUUAGAGAGUCUGUGGUUGAGGUUAGACGAGUGAAUGCUAGAUUGAUGGUUAAUAAGUUCGUGGUUGGAGAGUGCACCCUAAACGCCGUUAGCGCCCAUGCGCCGCAUGAGGGCAUAGAUGAAGAGGUUCCGCCUGCUGAGAAGCUAUUCAUAGGUUGGGAUUUCAUUGGGCAUAUUGGGUCGACCAUAGGUGGUUAUGGAGAGGUACAUGGAGGCUUCAGUUUUGGGGAGUGGAACGGAGGAGGUACAUUGUUGUUGGACUUCGCCAAGGCUUUUGGGUUGGUGAUUGCGAACUCUAAAUUUUCGAAGAGGGAGGGGCAUUUG